AUGCUUAAUUGGGAGCAGUGGAACUUGUGUGAAGUUGAUGAGGAAGCUAGGAAAUUCCCUAAACUUCGUGAACUCUUGAUUCAAAAUUGUCCCUUAUUGUUAGGGAGUAUGCCGGAAGACCUUCCUUCUUUGAAGAAACUUGCAAUUCGUAGCUGCAAGAAGUUGAUAAUUUCUGUUCAAAACUUUCCAUUGCUUUCAGAAUUAGAAAUUUGGGGUUGCCACGAUGUAAUUUAUAAAGGUUUUGCAGAUUAUAGCUCCACAAAAAGAAUCUCGUUUCGAGGGAUUUCCAAGUUUAGUUGUGCAGCAGAAUGCUUGAGGUUAAGAUCAAUCAAAGUGGAAUUGUUUGAGAUUGUUGAUUGUGAGGAGUUGUGGUCUUCUCGAGAGAACAAUUGGGGAUUGCUAACUCAGUCUAUGUCCCCCCAAUAUUUGAGAAUUUCCGAUUGUCCGCAACUUGUAUCCAUAGGAACAUAUGAGGAAAGAGAAGAAUUGAUGCAAUUGAAGAUUCCUUCUAGCAUUGUAAGAAUGAGAAUAAGUAAUUGUGGAAGGCUAGAAAAACUAUCGACAACCUUGCACUCCCUCACAUUACUUAUGACAUUAGUGCUUUUCGAUUGCCCAAAAUUGAUUUAUCUUGCAAGGAGCAAUUUGCCUUCAAAUCUGAAAGUGCUAGAGAUUGAAGGUUGUAAAAAGUUGCAAUGUUUGUUGUUGGAUGAAAGAGAGGAUGUUGACUCCAACAAUGCAUGUGUUCUUCAGAAGUUGAAUAUUGACAGUUGUGAAUCUCUAAAGAGAAUAAAUAGAAGUGAGUUGCCCUCUACACUGAAAGAACUUCAAAUAAGUGAGUGUCCAAAGCUAGAGUCCAUAUCCCAAGAAAUUCAAGAUAACUCUUCUCUUGAAUCUAUUGAUAUCGAAGGAUGUGAUAUGCUUCAAAGGUUACCUCAAGGAUUGAACAAGCUCAAGCAUUGCAACUGCAUACGCAUAGGUAGCUGUUCAAAUUUGAUUUCCUUAGCAGAGAGUGGUUUGCCCACCACAAACCUUGAAGUGCUCCGCUUCAGCUCUUGUAGAAGUCUCCAAGCUUUUCCUGGGAAUAUGCAGAGUCUCAACGCUCUAAAAGAAUUAGCAAUAUGGAAUUGUCCAAAUGUGACAUCCAUUCUGGAAGGGGGGAUUCCUACCAAUCUCACAUCGCUUUCAAUUGCUGGACCCGAUAUCUGGAAGGCAAUACUUGAGAGGGAUUUGCAUACACUCACUUGUCUUAAAUCUCUCUCCAUAUCAAAUGGGUGUCCGGAUGCAGUAUCAUUUCCUCAAGAUGAGAUAGAAGUCACACUGCCCUCCUCUCUCACCCAUCUCCGCAUCUCGGAUUUCCCAAAACUGGAGAGUAUAUCCUCCAAUGGCUUUCGGAACCUCACUUCUCUCCAACACUUGACUAUCGGAUUUUGCCCAAACCUCAAGACUCUUCCGAGAAACAACAUGCUUUCUUCGCUUUUGGAGCUAAAGAUCGUGGGGUGUCCAAUGAUGGGAGAACGGUGCAAAAGGGAUAAUGGACCUGAGUGGUCCAAAAUUACCCACAUACCUUGUGUUACAAUUAUUGUGUCAGGAAUGGAGAAACAACAAAUAAUGAAUCAAAUUUGCAGCCCUUGUGGAUCUGCUCAGAUGAAUGGAUCUGCUGAACAAAACAAUGAGACAUUUGCAACGAGCACAAAUCCAAGUUCAGCCAUUGUAGAUUCUUCUUCAAACCAUUUUGGCUUUUGUGAAUCAAGGCAAGAUUGUCAUUCCAAAGAGUAUUUUGGUGCUAUCAAUAUUGAUGAAAUUGACUGUGCUUAUGGAUCAGUUAAACUUCAACCUAAUGGGGAGAACCUUUAUGCAAAAUCUUUGAGUGGCUCACCUUUAGCUGAGAAUUCCAAUAAACAAAUUGUGGAUGGGAUUAAGAAAUUUGAAGAAAUAAAUGGGCAAGAGAAUGCCGAGCAGGGUGAAGCUCUUGAUUAUGAAGUGGAUGGUACAAAUGCCAAGCCUGUGGAUUUUGAGAAUGAUAUGCUACUGUGGCUCCCUCCAGAACCUGAGGAUGAAGAGGAUGAGAGAGAAGCUGCUCUAUUCGAUGAUGAUGAUGAGGGUUGGGGACUACCGAAGUAG